AUGCUGCAGAGUCAAGCUCCGCACGUCUUCUCGCACCAGCACCAAUAUCCCCAGGCCGACUCUUCGUGGGCCCAGCAGCACCAACAACACCAUCAGCAACACCAGCAGCAACAUCAGUCCCAUCUCCAGUCGCAGCAGUCGCAGCAGCACUCGUCGUUCGCCGCACAGCAUGCUCAGGCGCACGCUCAGGCCGUGGCCGCGGCGGCAGCUGCCCAACACCAGCAACAACAGCAGCAGCACUAUGGCCGUAUGGGCAUGAGUGGUGGCGUUAAUAACAACUCACAGGCUCCCGGCGGCCAGGACAACGGCAGCGGGGCCUCGGGAAACAUCGACAACGGUGUCAGCGAGGAGAACAGGAAGGUUCUCGUCUGGGUUGCCGAACUUCUGGACCCCAACCGACGAGAGUCGGCUCUCAUGGAAUUGAGUAAGAAGCGAGAACAGGUGCCGGAACUCGCUCUUAUUAUCUGGCAUUCAUUUGGCGUCAUGACAUCCCUUUUGCAAGAGAUUAUCUCCGUCUACCCGCUGUUGAACCCGUCACAGCUUACUGCAGCUGCUUCGAACCGAGUAUGCAAUGCUUUGGCCCUGCUGCAGUGUGUAGCAUCCCAUAACGAGACCCGGACUCUAUUCCUAAAUGCCCAUAUACCUUUGUUCCUUUACCCCUUUUUAAACACAACCUCCAAGUCCCGUCCUUUUGAAUAUCUCCGCCUCACCUCUCUCGGCGUUAUCGGCGCCUUAGUCAAAAACGACUCGUCUGAUGUCAUCAACUUCCUCCUAACCACCGAGAUCAUCCCUCUAUGUCUCCGAAUAAUGGAGACCGGAUCAGAGCUCAGCAAGACUGUGGCUAUAUUCAUCGUUCAAAAGAUCCUCCUUGAUGAUAUCGGCCUGGCCUAUAUCUGUGCCACCUAUGAACGCUUCUAUGCCGUUGGGACAGUCCUCAGCAACAUGGUCACUCAGCUUGUUGAGCAGCAAACCGUCCGGUUACUAAAGCACGUCGUCCGCUGCUUCUUGCGACUCAGUGACAAUAACCGGGCCCGCGAAGCCCUUCGUCAAUGCCUGCCAGAACCCCUUCGCGACGCCACAUUUUCAUCUGUCCUUCGUGACGAUGCUGCUACUAAACGAUGCCUUGCGCAGCUUCUCAUAAACCUGUCUGACAAUGUUGUCGAUGGCUCCAGCGCCGGUCCUGGAAUGUGA